AUGGACGCCACCGAGCUCGCAGCCGUCCAAAAACUUCUCAAAGAAAUUCGCAUCUACGCCACCCAAGGUCCCGCCAAUGCGAUCGAUCCAGACGCAUUCGACGAGAUCCGUAAAGCCCAAUUCGGCAAAGCCCUCCCAUACGAAGAAAGCCAGGAUGUAAUCCUCGAUCCCACCAAAAAGCUUCCCUUCCUCCCCACCGAGAUCCUCAGCGAAAUCAUGUCGCACACCGCGCCCUCGGACCUCUCCAAUCUGCGUCAAACCAGCAAGCGCUUCCGCUUCGCCGCCAAAUCGCUCUUCGGUAAGCGCCUCGUCAACUCCCGCACCAUAUACCCCACCUACUCGAGUCUGUCCUCCUUCCUGGCCUUGCUCCUUGUCGACCCCUCCUACCCCCACCUCGUCCGCACCCUCUCGUUGGUAAGCGAGCACGCGGCACCCAACGCCUACGGCUACGACUGGGCGUGGGAGGAGCUCCAGAACCGAGAGCAAACGGGUCCGACUACGCGUGUAGACCGCGUCAUCAAGCAGAGCAUCGAGAUGCGACAUGAGCGGUGGUGUGCGAGCAGUGCGUCAUUCGUGUUCGGAGGCGGUUAUAGAGAUAUGUUGACCAUCUUGUUCAAACGCCUACCUGCACUCCAAACGAUUCGCCUGCGCAAACUGUCUCUCGGGGAGAACAUUCCUGGACCAGACGGCAUCGAGUUUCUCCAAGGAGCGCUCCAGGACUUGUCGUUUUACCGCCCAGGACUGCCGGUCAAUCGCGUCCUUUAUCAAGAGUGGCAAUAUGACAUGGUCUAUCAAUGCAUCACGACGCUCAUCGAUGAGUACGGCGACGAGUACAUCUGGGACGGGGCAGGACCCCAAGCAGAUUGCAAGACAGAUGCUUUGGCUGCGGUCAAGCGGGCCAAGAGUAAGGCUGUUGUUGUCAAGAUGAAGAGGGGUGUUGUUGAAGAGAUCGAUGAGGAUUCCGACAACGAGAUGUCUGACGAGGGGGAUUCCGACGAAGAGAUGUUCGACGAGGAGGACGACAACUGA